CAGGGAAAAACCUAAAAAGUGACGUAUAGUGUGACUGUUUAUCUGUCAAGAGAGAGAGAGAGAGAGAGAGAGACAGAGAGAGCAGAGUCAUCCCACAUAUUAACAACCUCCCAGUAAAUGCAUUAUCGGGAGAAGAGGUUAUCAGAGCACAGGAUAUACGCUCUGUUUUCUCGUAUAGUUUUUAUCUAUGGUAAAAAAUCAAUCCCAUUGAGAGCCAAAAAAUGAUUUUGACCCGUACCUCAAAUGAACACAAGGUGUAAACAGACAAAUAUUAUAUAACUGAGGAUCAAAAUGGGAAGCGCGCGAUUUAUUUUAUUUGCCAACCACACACACAAAAGACGGGUCCAUUACUUUGUUCUUUUUUUCUUUCUUUCUUUCAUUACCCGAUCAAUUUUUCAAAAGAAACAUGUCUAGUAACUCAUCACAAGAAGUACCUUUAAUACCGAAUAUGUCUGCUAUUCAAUUCUUACGACAGACGAGUUCCAUGUUAGAUUUACCUAUAAGAACAACAGCCACUGCUGUGGUUUAUUUUCAUCGGUUUAAUGUGUUUAUGAGUAACCAAGAAAAAAACAUUCAUGUGGACGGAUCGAUCAAUGCACAGGAUGCUUUAUAUACCAAUGAAGAACUAUUGACAACGACAUGCCUUCAAUUAGCUUGUAAAGCAACAGAGGUGCCUAGAAAGGUGCGAGAUUUAGUUAAUGUUGGAUACAGAUACUAUCACCCUAACAGCACUACAUUAAACGUGAAUGAGAGUUAUUUCAGAAUGAGAUCCUCGUUGGUGACAAGUGAGCUCUUGUUAGUGAGAGCUUUAGGGUUUGAUUUGGAAAUUGAAUUACCAUUUGCAUAUUGUUUGAAUGUUUUAAGAGGAUUAGGGUCUGUUCGAUACUUCAUCACAGACGAAGCUAGAAAGCAAUCAAAGAGACACCACCAUCACCCAGCUCAAAAGGAGAUAUGGAAGCGAAUGGAACAUGACAUGGAUCCAGAGAUGAGCACAAUAGCAAGAUUAGCGUGGAUGUAUGUUUGGGACAGUUUAUGCUCUCCUAAAAUCGCAUUAACACAUUCGAUACCCGGUAUCGGUCUGGGCUGUCUCUAUCUGGCACUACGUACAUCAAAUGUCGAAAUGUCCAUGUCCAUGAAUGAAUACGUUGAUUUAUGGGGCGCUUCUGAAAAUAUCUCGGUCCAAGCUGUGCGAAAUGUCAUUACCGACCUAUUAGAAUUUUAUGACCAUUUCCCUGUCAGUCAUUUUGAUACAAACGAAACUGUACAAUAA